AAGAGGGGAGAGAACAUCAAACACCACCCGGCCCCGCACUCUGCGUUCAAACUUCCCACGAAAGAAGGAGGUUAGGACAACCAAGUGAAAGGCUCACUGUUCCGUUACUUUUUUAUCUUCCAUCACAACGCUUUCUCUUUUUGCAACAAUUUCUCCACCAAAAUCUUCGGAUCAGAUGAGUUCAGAAAUGACUCUACUCUUUGCCCCUUUCCGGGCUGCUGCUGUAAUGGCUUGAAACCGGUGAUCUCAAGGGACAGAUAACUCUGAGUUUUUCAGUAUAGUAAUAUAGAUAUCGAGGGGUGUGUGAUCGGGGUUGGCGGACAAAAUGGAGAGUUUCUUGAGUGAUAAAUGGGAUGUGAAGGCCAAGCAUACGUCGGAGGAGGCGUUGCAGCGGUGGAGGGAGCUAUGUGGGGUGGUGAAGAACCCCAAGCGCCGCUUCAGAUUCACAGCCAAUCUGACCAAGCGUUACGAGGCGGCUGCCAUGCGCAAAACUAAUCAGGAGAAGUUGAGAAUUGCCGUCCUUGUUUCAAAGGCUGCAUUUCAGUUCAUACAAGGCAUGCAACUAAAUGAUUACACCGUGCCAGAGGAAGUUCAAGCUGCUGGUUUUCAGAUUUGUGCAGAUGAAUUAGAAUCCAUAGUCGAAGGUCAUGAUCUGAAAAAGCUAAAGUUUCAUGGAGGGGUCUCGGGUAUUGCAGACAAGCUCGUCGCAAACUGCUCUGAUGGCCUAUCAACCGACAGUGAAGCCCUUAACCGCAGACGUGGGAUAUAUGGGAUCAAUAAAUUCCAAGAAAGUGAACCGCAGAGUUUUUGGACGUUUGUUUGGGAAGCCCUUCACGAUAUGACUCUCAUGAUUCUUGGUGCUUGUGCAAUUGUCUCUCUGAUUGUUGGUAUACCAACUGAAGGAUGGCCUAAGGGAGCUCAUGAUGGACUUGGAAUUGUUGCCAGUAUCUUGCUGGUAGUUUUAGUCACAGCAACAAGCGAUUAUCGCCAAUCCUUACAAUUCCGGGAUUUGGACAAAGAGAAGAAGAAAAUUUCUAUUCAGGUUACGAGGAAUGGUUACCGGAAAAAGAUGUCUAUGUAUCAUCUGCUGCCUGGUGAUAUCGUACAUCUUUCUAUAGGCGAUCAAGUCCCAGCAGAUGGUCUUUUUCUUUCAGGGUUCUCUGUUUUGAUUGAUGAAUCUAGUUUAACUGGAGAAAGUGAGCCAGUGAUGAUCACUGCUGAAAAUCCCUUUCUACUCUCUGGAACUAAGGUCCAAGAUGGCUCUUGCAAGAUGCUGGUUACCACUGUUGGCAUGAGAACUCAAUGGGGUAAACUAAUGGCAACACUGAGUGAAGGAGGGGAUGAUGAAACCCCUCUGCAAGUGAAACUGAAUGGAGUGGCUACAAUCAUCGGAAAGAUCGGCCUCUUCUUCGCUGUAGUGACUUUUGCUGUCUUAGUUCAGAAAAUAAUUACUCGCAAAUGGCAACAGGGAACAACCACCAAAUGGACUGGUGAUGAUGCUUUAGAAUUACUAGAAUACUUUGCCAUUGCUGUCACAAUUGUUGUUGUUGCUGUUCCUGAGGGGCUUCCUCUAGCCGUGACAUUAAGUCUUGCAUUUGCCAUGAAAAAGAUGAUGAAUGAUAAAGCCCUUGUUCGCCACUUGGCUGCUUGUGAGACCAUGGGAUCAGCCACAAACAUAUGUAGUGACAAAACCGGGACUUUAACAACCAACCGCAUGACUGUGGUGAAGUCAUGCAUUUGCAUGAAAGUGAAAGAUUUGAACAACCCAGAUAAUGCUUCUACUUUGGCCUCUGAACUCCCACAGUCCGUUGUUAAGAUUCUGCUCCAAUCUAUUUUCAACAACACGGGUGGAGAAGUUGUGGUCAGAAGACGUGGAAAACACAAGAUUCUAGGAACCCCAACUGAGACAGCUAUUUUGGAGUUUGGUCUGCUACUCGGUGGGGAUUUUCAGGCAGAAAGACAAUCAUGUAAAGUACUGAAAAUCGAGCCAUUUAACUCCACAAAGAAGCGAAUGGGCGUGGUUUUGGAGCUUCCGGGAGGAGGCGUAAGAGCUCAUACCAAAGGUGCUUCCGAGAUAGUCUUGGCUGCGUGUGAUAAAGUGAUCAAUUCAGACGGUGAAGUUGUUCCCCUCGAGGAAGCAGCUAUGAACCAUUUAAAUACAACCAUUGAUCAGCUUGCUAGUGAAGCGCUUAGGACCCUUUGUCUCGCUUAUAUGGAGCUUGAAAACGGGUUUUCGGCUGAUAAUGAUAUUCCUUCCUCUGGAUACACCUGUAUAGGAAUCGUGGGAAUCAAAGAUCCGGUACGUCCUGGAGUCAGGGAGUCUGUCGCGCUUUGCCAGUCGGCUGGUGUGACCGUCCGGAUGGUUACUGGAGACAACAUUAAUACUGCAAAAGCCAUUGCUAGAGAAUGUGGGAUACUCACGGAUGGUGGUAUAGCUAUAGAAGGUCCAGUUUUUCGCAGCAAGACUUUGGAGGAAUUGAAUGAGCUGAUCCCGAAGAUACAGGUGAUGGCCCGUUCAUCUCCUUUGGACAAGCAUACAUUGGUAAAGCACUUGAGAACUACAUUUGACGAAGUUGUGGCUGUAACUGGUGAUGGAACCAAUGAUGCUCCAGCACUUCAUGAAGCAGAUAUUGGACUUGCAAUGGGCAUUUCUGGGACUGAGGUGGCCAAAGAGAGUGCUGAUGUCAUAAUUCUAGACGACAACUUCUCCACUAUUGUGACUGUGGCCAAAUGGGGGCGCUCAGUCUAUGUAAACAUUCAAAAGUUUGUGCAGUUCCAACUGACUGUUAAUGUUGUUGCAUUGACCGUGAACUUUUAUUCAGCUUGUAGGACUGGAAGUGCUCCUCUUACUGCUGUCCAACUUCUGUGGGUCAAUAUGAUUAUGGACACACUUGGUGCACUUGCCCUAGCAACAGAGCCUCCAACUGAUGAACUGAUGAAGAGAUCUCCUGUUGGGAGGAAAGGGAACUUCAUCAGUGCUGUCAUGUGGAGGAAUAUCUUAGGACAAUCCCUGUUUCAGUUCAUAGUCAUAUUGUUCCUUCAGGCAUAUGGAAAAUCAUUUUUCAGACUUCAUGGCUGCCCCAACUCUGACUUGGUCCUUAACACGAUUAUUUUCAAUACGUUCGUCUUCUGCCAGCUUUUCAAUGAAGUGAACUCCCGAGAAAUGGAGAAAAUAGAUGUGCUGGAUGGCAUACUGGACAACUCUGUCUUUUUGAUGGUCGUUGGUUCCACUUUUUUCUUUCAGAUAAUCAUCAUUGAAUACCUCGGAACAUUUGCAAGCACAACUCCACUUACACUAUUUCAAUGGCUUGUCUGCAUAUUUAUUGGAUUCCUAGGAAUGCCAAUUGCUGUAGCCUUGAAAAAGCAUGUCCCUGUGCAAACUUAACUUGAGCUGCUACAAACUCAAUGCCUGUUGUUGCCAUCCGAGGAUGCACUAACUUCCUGCCACGUCAUCCUAAACAGACAAAAGAUGGAGGAUUCAAAUCUUGCCACCAUCUUCAAAGGCAUACACUGCAAGCUUCUGUGUUUCCACUCCAAUUUUCACGGAGCGAACGAAGGAUCUUUCACGAAAGCAGUAAUGGAUAGUUAGCACGCACAAGAAUCCUUAACUUCAUUGAGAACCACAAUGAUCCUUCAUUUGAUUUUGUGAAAUUCUUAACUUCAUUGGCUCAUUGGCUCAUUGGCAUGUGAUACUGUUAAGUUAUGUCAUAGAUUGUGUUAUAGUGUUCCCGAGAUUAUUUGUGUGAAAGUAAUAUCAAUAAUUGAUGCCUAGGUGUGAUUUUGAAUUUUGAUACAAACCUAUCUUUUAGGGCCAGGAAGUAGCAAGCACAAACCGUAUAGAUCUACAUUCUUACAUAGAUAUUAUUUUCUUAAAUAUUACUGAAGACCAGAAAACAUUUAAAAGUAACAGAUGCACUUUGUGCUUUGGUCGUGUUUGUUUAUAGGAGUUUGUAUACCUGAUGCAUUGAGUA